AUGGAAUUUGAAUCCCGCUCCUGCGACCUGCCUGGCGACUCGGUGGCCGCGCCGCCACCCACCGCCGGGGUGCCUCUGGCGCCACUCCCUCUCGCCGGGGCUGCUCUGGUUGCGGCGGCCGCCGCCGGGGCCGCCUGUGGAGCUGCCGUCCCCAUCUCCCCGGCCCCUGCUUCCGGAUCCACGACCACAGAGAUGUGGGCAGACCUCGCGGAGGCGGCCGAUAUCGAAGUCGGCAUCCCCGUCGUCUGUUGCGACCCGGCACCGCCCCCCCCGGCGACCCUCGUAGGGUGGCCGGCUCCCCGUCCGGCGCUUGCGCUGCUCCCAGGUGUGGGAGCUCCGUCGGCCCGACGCGGGCCGCCCCCUGUCCCCGGCUUCCGGGCGCCUCCACGGCGUUGCGGGCAGGCGACUCCGGACGCCGUGCUGGCCGCCGCCACUGUAGGUCAGCUGGAUGGGGCGUCGCUGGCCAUGCUGACCGAGGGGCUGCCGCAUCCUCCUGGCGAGGGGUCGCCGGAGAUGCCGCCGGCCGCCCCAAGGGUCCCCCUUUCCUGCCGAUCUCUACUCCGCUGCUCCCGUCUUCCUUCCCGCUCGUCAGGCUCCACCCGUUCCAGCCCUUCAUCUCCUCUGCCGCUGGUGUGCGCCGCCCGCCUUGCCCCGCCAUGGCCCGCCUCCCCUCCGGGGCGCUCGUUCCUCGGUCGCCGCCGGGCACCUCGGGGGAACCUUCCCUCCUGCUAG